AUGAAUAUCAGCAUGGGUGAAAAUAAGAAGUAAGUGGUGCUUCAUAGUCGACCAGAUCCGCCCACUGUGGACCUCUUGAUGGACAUCAGAGCCUUUCCGAAAGAUCCAGUCUUCAGCGUCUUGGAGGAUGCCAUCCAAGAUGCCAAGAGGGGGUCAUCAGACAAUGAAGUGGAGACAAAGUAUCUUCAGAGCUGCAGGUACUUGGAGAUGAACAAGCGGCUUCAAGAGGUCAGAGGUGAACUCGUGCAGCAGAGGGAGGAACUGAGGACAGCUGGAGAGCAGUUGGGGAUCAGCGUGGCCAAGGUCAAAGGGAGAGCCCUCGAACCAGUCUUUGAGGCAUCACACCUCAGGGCUGGGAGAGCACCUUACCUCAGGGCUUGGGGAGCACCUUACCUCAGGGCUGAGGGAGCUAUAACUUCAGGGCUUGGGGAGCACCUUACCUCAGGGCUUGGGGAGCACCUUAUCUCAGGGCUUGGGGAGCACCUUACCUCAGGGCUGGGGAGCACCUUACCUCGGGGCUGGGGAGCACCUUACCUCAGGGCUUGGGGAGCACCUUACCUCAGGGCUGGGGAGCACCUAACCUCAGGGCUGAGGGAGCUAUAA